CAGGAUUUGAAACCUUAUGAUAAUCGUUUCCGAAAGUUUGCUAUUCCUUUUGAGAUUCGGGUGAGUGUUCAUGCUUUUAAAUUACAAUUUUUUACUAAACAUUGGUGUACUAUUUCUAGUUCGUUUCAGUGCUAUAUUUUUUUUCAAAUGGUUCAUACCAAUACUGCAUUGGAAAUAGCCAUUUAUCUGCAAUGAGCCAACCUAGCAUAUCCCGAAGUAUAAGGCAUAUAUGCAAACUUGUGUUGGAACACAAAAAUGUGGAAAUAAGCUUCCCAAAUGCAACAGAGCACUACAACACAAUUAAAAUGGGUUUCCAUAAUAAGUUUGGAAUAAAAGGAGUGAUUGGUGCUAUUGACUGCACCCAUGUUGCAAUAAUUGGACCGUCUUCGUCGUCUAACGUUAUUCCACAUGAAUACAUGAACCGAAAGGGUUACUACAGUAUUAACGUAGAAGCGAUUUGUGACGACAAACUUAUUUUUCGCCAUUUAAAUGCUCGUUUUCCUGGCUCAUGCCAUGACUCCGGAAUUUGGAGAACAUCGCCGGCCAGAAUAAAAUUAUUAAGGCAACAUGUUUCUGGUUCAUUUAAGUGGCUUCUAGAUGACUCAGGUUAUCGACUAGAGCCAGGGCUUUUGACUCCUACAUCAAACCCAUCUGCACCAAAUGAAUUUCUUUAUAACAGAAUCCAUAUAAAGGCCAGGAACAUAAUUGAAAGAACCUUUGGUGUUUUAAAUUCUCGUUUCCGUUGCCUAUCUAAAGAGCGAGUACUGAGGUAUACACCCUCAAACGCCGCGUUCUUAGUUUAUACUUGCUCAAUUUUCCACAACAUUUUGCAAAAACAUGGUAUUUGUGACUUCGAUGAAAUAGAUAUUGAAAACUUUGAAGACUCUUCCUUCAAUGAUAAUUCUCCAGCUCAAACAAAUCAGUAUUACAAUGCAGGAAUAAAUACACGACGUAACUGCUUAAAUUCUCUCACACAAUCUUUGUAAAUAAAUAUCUUUACAAAUAAAUCUUUCAUUUAUAU